UAUAUAAUUCCUGGGAGUUGUCCAAGCCAGCAAAAAGAAAUGGCAGGUUAUUCACUCCUUUCCACACUCUUCAUUCAGUCCUCAUCUCUUCCUUCCCCAUUUUCUCGCUUCCCAAACAGAACUCAAAAGCUCAUUUCCACCGCGAAACCCUCUUUUCUCUUCCCAACGAACAAACUCUCUCUCAUUCCCCUCCGCGGUCUUGUUUUGAAUCAAACCAAAAACAAUGUCGCCAUUAAGUCUGAUAAUGAUUCUCUUGUUCCUUCAGCUUUCGAUUCCUUGUUUCUUCUCUGCACCUCCCUUGCUCUAUCUUUCUCCUUGUUUGUAACCGAUGUGGGAUCCGCCUCUGCCUUUGUGGUAACCACUCCCAGGAAGUUACAGACGGAUGAGUUGGCUACGGUUCGUCUAUUUCAAGAGAACACUCCAUCUGUUGUUUAUAUCACCAAUCUCGCAGUCAGGCAGGAUGCUUUUACAUUGGAUGUGCUGGAGGUUCCACAAGGAUCCGGGUCGGGUUUCGUUUGGGAUAAAGAUGGUCACGUUGUCACCAAUUAUCAUGUGAUUCGUGGAGCUUCUGAUCUCAAGGUUACUCUUGCUGACCAGACAACGUAUGAUGCAAAAGUUGUCGGAUUUGACCAAGACAAGGAUGUUGCUGUAUUGCGUGUUGAUGCACCUAAAGACAAACUAAGACCUAUACCCGUUGGUGUCUCGGCAGAUUUGCUUGUGGGCCAGAAAGUAUUUGCUAUUGGUAACCCAUUUGGACUUGAUCAUACUCUUACAACAGGCGUUAUCAGUGGGCUUCGUAGGGAAAUCAGUUCUGCUGCGACUGGUCGCCCAAUCCAAGAUGUUAUACAGACAGAUGCUGCUAUUAAUCCUGGCAAUAGUGGAGGGCCACUCCUAGACAGUUCUGGAAACCUUAUCGGGAUAAAUACUGCUAUAUAUUCUCCUUCUGGUGCAUCUUCUGGUGUUGGGUUUUCGAUUCCUGUUGACACAGUCAGUGGCAUUGUUGAUCAGUUGGUGAAGUUCGGGAAGGUGACGAGACCUAUUUUAGGCAUUAAAUUUGCACCGGAUCAAUCUGUUGAACAGUUGGGUGUAAGUGGUGUACUUGUCUUAGAUGCUCCUGCAAAUGGUCCAGCCGGCAAGGCGGGUCUGCUACCGACAAAGCGUGAUGCUUAUGGUAGACUCGUUUUGGGUGACAUAAUAACAUCCGUUAAUGGGAUGAAGGUCACUAAUGGCAGUGAUUUGUACAGAAUUCUUGAUCAAUGCAAAGUUGGUGAAACGGUUAUCGUGGAGGUGUUGCGUGGAGAUCACAAGGAGAAGAUCCCUGUAGUACUCGAGCCAAAGUCGGACGAGUCGUGAAAUGUGUUUCGGUAUGUUGUGUAACCUUAAGUAAAGUAGAUAUGCCAGGAAAUGUGAUUAUCAGCUAUUUUACUGGAAAUGAUCCUGUUGUACAUACGCCAUCAACUUGUAUCAUCUUUGACACAUUGUGAAGCAGAAGGCAUUUACAUUUGUAAAAAAUGCAUCCAUCCAAAU